AGCGGCGCUCUCUGGUCAAACGGAGGUGGACUUGGCGGAGACUGAGAGCGGGCAAUGAAACUAAUCGGGGACGCGGCUCCAGCGCCGUGGCCCGAGGGACUUUUCUUCCGGGCUGCUUUUGCUUUUCUGCCCCCACCUCAGGAUCCCCCGCAGGACCGCUUUAAGCGACGGCUCCUGCCCCAGCCAGGCUCCGCCCCGCCUAAAGGGACUUACUUUGCCCAACGGACUCCUUGGCAGCAGUUCCGUGAAUUCUAACGCAGGAGCAACAAGGGGGCGCUUGGCUGUUGCGGGCGACCCAGAGGGGCUCCGGGCCGGAAUGGACGCGCUGGAGGCGAUCUGGGGUCUGCUGCGCCUCUUGCUGGCGGUGGCCCUUCUGGCCUUCGGCCUUUAUUGCGGCUACAUCAAAUACGUCCACCUGAAAUACGAUUACAUCCCCGGCGCCCCAAGGACCAGCUUUUUCUUAGGUCAUCUGCCAAUCAUGUGGAGAACAUUUAAAAAUAACGAAGUGGUUUAUGAUCUUUUGGCACAGUGGGCUGAAGAAUAUGGACCAGUUCUGCGUAUUAAUGUCUUUCACAGAGUCUCAGUGUUAAUAUUAAGUCCUGAAGGAGUAAAGGAGUAUCUGAUGCUACCACAAUACCCAAAAGACCCAUUUACAUAUGGUCGUGUUUAUAGUAUGUUUGGUGUAAGAUUUUUCGGGACUGGCUUGCUAGCAGAUCGCGACUAUAACCACUGGCACAAGCAGCGGAGAAUUAUGGAUCCAGCUUUUAGCCGAACUUACCUGAUGGGGUUAAUGGGAAUCUUCAAUGACAAAGCAGAAGAGCUUAUGAAGGUGCUGGAAGAGAAAGCCAAUGGAGAGACAAAAGUUGAUAUAAUGAGCCUGCUGAGACGAGUGACUCUUGACAUCAUUGCAAAGGUGGGGUUUGACUUAGAACUGAACACUCUGUACGAUGACCAAACACCUUUCCCACAUGCAGUGACUACGAUCAUUGAAGGAGUUUCUGAGGCACGCAUCCCUACUUUUGAGUACAUGCCAGGGAAUAGAAAAAUGGUGAAAAAGGUUCAGGAAAGCUUGAGGCUGAUACGUCGUACUGGGAAGGAGUGUAUCGAGCAGAGGCGCAAGGCCAUCCAGAAUGGAGAUGAGACCCCUAUGGAUAUUCUUACUCUGAUCUUGAAGAAUGCAGCACAGGAGGGAGACUAUGAUGAUGAAAACAUGCUGGACAACUUUAUCACCUUCUUUUUUGCAGGUCAUGAAACCACUGCCAAUCAGUUGUCCUUUGCCAUCAUGGAGCUGGGACGGCAACCUGAAAUUAUGGCAAAACUUCAGGCUGAAGUGGAUGAAGUCAUUGGCGUAAAGAGAGACGUUAACUAUGAAGAUCUUGGCAAACUCCACUAUUUAUCACAGGUUCUCAAAGAAGUCCUGCGAUUGUACUCACCGGUUCCAACCACUUUACGCUGGACAGACACUGAAAAUAUCAUUGAAGGGGUCAAAAUUCCAGCAAACACCACCCUGGCUUUCAGCAUGUAUAUCAUGGGGCGCAUGGAAAGGUAUUUCAAGGAUCCACUGACCUUUGAUCCUGACCGAUUUGGCAAAGAUCAGCCAAAGCCGUACUAUUCCUACUUCCCAUUUUCCUUGGGGCCUCGUUCCUGCAUUGGGCAGACAUUUGCACAGAUGGAGGCUAAAGUGUUGAUGGCUAAAUUUCUGCAGAGGUUUGAAUUUCAGCUGGUCCCACCACAGAGCUUUAAACUUUUGGACACUGGAACACUGAGGCCAUUAGAUAACGUUGUAUGCAGACUGAAGCUACGCAACCCUCUUGCUUUUGAAAGAGAUUGAGAACAAUAUUGAUGACAACAGUUUGGAAUUGCGACAAGAAAACGCUAAAGUGUAUUUCAUAGAUGAAUUAAGACUGAAAUGUAUCAUAAUGGAAUUUGCACUGGGAUUAAGAGGGUUUGCGGUAUGAAUUAAACACUGAAUUGAUUAAACUGGAAAGGGCCAACAAAGGCGGCCCCAAUAAUUCAGCAAAAACUGAUGUUACUGAAAGACAGUUCGAUGUGUGCCAUAUUAUGAUGGCACAAAAACUUGUGUAAAUGUGUUGCACAUGCAAGUGUAUGGAAACAUGGGCAUGUGAAGUUCUGUACAUGCUUAUGGCAGUUUCCACUGGGCAGGAGUGAGCCCAUAAAAUUCAUGUUCUG